AUGGUUCCAGUUCUACUUGCUUCCUAUGAUAGCAAGCCUCCAGCCAUACAGCUUAUGGGUGAUCCCCAACUCAUUGGUCUUGAGGAAAGUUUGGAAUUUCUGCCACUGGACCUUUCCAUGGGUGUCAGAUCAAACAUGGAUUCACUCAAAAACGCAUUCGCAUGUUGCUCAGUACCAGAUUCUUUCAAGUGCAAGGAGACAACUGUUGAUGAGGACCUGAUCUGUGCUGAUAUCAAUAGAUCCCAACUCCAGCAGAAACUGGUGGACGACAAUUCCACUACAGCCCUAUGCAAUCUUACCAUCACUGAACAUGCCUGUACCUUGGCUACACACCUCGCACAAGAAAACUUGGCCUCACUGCUGAACUGCUCUCUGGAAAGCCAAAUGACAUACCCAGUAGAGGUCUGGAAGCUUUUCUUCCAGAAAACUUCUGCUGCUCUGGACCAGGCUCUUGAUACAUUUGCCACCAUGGCCCCCAACAACAGCAGCCCAUCCUUGGCAACAGCUCUUGAGGCUUUGGGAGAAGUGAGACUUGCCAACUUCAGCCAAGCACAACUUCAGAGUGAAGACUUCAUCAGGAAUUGGUUUCAGAAAAAGAUCCGUCCUUUCCUGGCUUCUUCAUCCACAAACUUCCUAAUCUGCCUUAGCAACGACAACUUCAGCUGCCUCACAUACCAGAUAGUAAUCAAGGCAUUCAGCAACCAAAAGGUCUUGAUGAACAGUGACACACAGCGAGCAGUCUUCACCCAUUUCAGCAAGCAAUUCCUGUCAAGAAAUGAUUCACCAGAUCCUGGUUGCGUGUCAUCUGUCAAUGGUAGUCAAACAUGGCAACAAGCAAACCUUGGAAGCUUUUCUGUUUUUGCAACCCUACAGGAAUUGCUGGUCCUCAAUCCCAACUUCUCAAGUACUGAAUUCUUGUCAGAACUGGAUCCCGCUCAGGUGGCGCAGGUAUUACUGAGCUCAGGGACCAUAAAUGACACGGCUCUAACUGAUUGUGUCUUUGAAUGA